AACUUAAAGAACGUGAUACUUACGGGGAUAUUGGAAACAAAACCUUACAGGACCGAACCCAGUUUGAGUUACUACUUCGUAUGCUUAUCGAUAUCAAAUUCCACACCUUCUUCUGCUCUCAAAUUGUGCUUUUUUGUUCAUAACUACAACCGUUCUCUGCUCGCAUUGAAAUCUGAGAGAGAGAGAUGAGCACGGUCCCAAAAGAAACGAUCGAAGUGAUAGCACAGAGCAUUGGCAUCACGAAUCUGUCCCCUGAUGUUGCCUUCGCUCUCGCCCCCGAUCUCGAGUAUCGAAUUCGCGAAAUCAUGCAGGAGUCCAUAAAAUGCAUGCGUCACUCAAAGAGAACUAUUCUUACAGCAGAUGAUGUUGAUAGUGCACUUGCAUUGAGAAAUUUAGAGCCAAUAUAUGGUUUCACCUCUAACGACCCUCUGCGGUUCAAAAGAGCUGCUGGACACAAGGAUUUGUUCUACAUUGAUGACAAAGAUGUGGAAUUUAAAGAUCUGAUUGAAGCACCAUUACCAAAAGCUCCGCUUGAUACAUCAAUUACCAGUCAUUGGCUGGCUAUUGAAGGUGUACAACCUGCGAUUCCUGAGAAUGCUCCAGUUGAAGCUCCCACAGAAAUAAGAAAAUCGUCUGAGUAUAAGGAAGAUGGGAUUCCAGUUGACAUUAAAUUACCUGUUAAACACGUAAUAACAAAGGAGCUUCAGCUUUACUUUGACAAAAUAACUGAGCUAGUUCUAAAUAAGCCUGCUUCUAUUCCCUUUAGAAGGGCACUAAUUAGCUUGGCAACAGACAUGGGACUCCAUCCUUUGGUUCCUUAUUUCUCACGCUUUGUAGCUGAUGAGGUGGCACAAAACUUGCAUAAUUUAACACUUUUAUUUGCCUUGAUGCGUCUUGUCCGGAGCAUUCUACAAAAUCCUCACAUACAUAUAGAGCUUUAUUUACAUCAAUUGAUGCCACCUAUCAUUACCUGUGUUGUUGCAAAAAGGAUUGGAAACAGACUAUCUGAUAAUCACUGGGAGCUUAGGAACUUCAGUGUUAAUCUUGUUGCUUCAAUAUGCAAAAGAUUUGGGAAUGUUUAUCAUAAUCUUCAGCCACGAGUGACAAAGACUUUUCUUCAUGCAUUUUUGGACCCAACUAAAGCUCUACCUCAGCACUAUGGUGCAAUUAAAGGAAUAGCAGCUCUUGGAUCAAGACUGGUUCGCUUGUUUAUACUUCCAAACCUUGAGCCAUAUUUGCUUCUCCUCGAGCCGGAAAUGCAACCAGAGAAACAGAGAAAUGAAACAAAGAGGCAGGAAGCAUGGCAAGUAUAUGGGGCCUUGUUGUGUGCUGUUGGACAAUGUAUGCAUGAAAGGGCCAAAAUAUUCAGCAAUUUGCUCUCUCCUCCAACACGUGCUUCUUCUAGACCCAAUGGAAAAGCCAUGAUUGCUAUGUCAAGCAAACGUAAAGCCAGCACAGAAAACCUAAUGCAGCAGCAGCAACCUCCAUUGAAGAAACUUGCCACGGAUGGCCCCGGGGGUGUGGUACCAAUGAACUCCAUGUCUGUUGACAUGCAAAUGCAAGGGUCAGCAGGUGCAUUUUCGACCAUGAUGGGGGUUCCAAAUGUUGGCGUGUCAUCAAUGGCUCGGCAGAUAUCUAAUGACAACACAAUGGGGAGAGAGGUUGGCGGUCAACAAUCGAAGGUAUCUUCCAUUCUCGCUCAAGCCUGGAAGGAUGACAUCGAUGCAGGACAAUUACUGUCAUCAGUGUAUGAAUUAUUUGGUGAAAGUUUGUUAUCCUUUAUUCCAAAAGCUGAAGCAGGUGUAUUUUUGUAACACAAAUUGGAGUACUGGUUUUUGUUUUGUAUCAUUGUAUGUGAAAAAAGUUUAUUUAACUUGGUGAGGUGUCGUAUGUUAUUUAGUGCUGAAGAAAUUAUCAUAGGGUAGAAUAGAAACCUGUAUUUAAUUUUGCUAAUACUGAAAUUCAUGGAAAAAUUAUGUAAGCUUCUCAGAGUUUUUCUUAAUGA